AUGAAAGUUAUUGAUACAAAAUCGCAGCUGUUGAAGGUAAAACUCACAAUAGCGAAAUACAAGCUGAUAACAAAUGAUAUGAAAAAUUUGCAUUAUGACAGCAACAGAAUGGUGUUGGAAAAUUUGCUUUGCUGUUGUUUUAACAAAUUCCACUUUCCAGCUCCGAAAAGGGUAAUCGAAUGCUGUUGUGUAUUUAGACGGCAAGGUAUCUUGUCCAUGGGUUCCAGUGAGGAACAACUAAAAAUGCAUUCAAAUUAUGUUAUUAAAUUUAAACUACUAAAACUAUUUAAACGUUCCAAAUUUCUUCUAAUCCUAACAACAAAGGGAAAAAAUGAGAUCAUUAAAAAUUUCGUAGAAAAUAAGAACAAUGAAGCAUUACAGAACACUCUCCAAGGGCAUAUGGUGACGAAAUCAUUUGCCUAUUUAGCCUUAUGUUUUACAAAAUGUAUUGCUAAUAACCAACAAAGGAGAGGUGGUUUCCAAUGUGCUCUUGCUACGCAUUCACUAUGA